CUGAUUACAGUUAUUUUGAAAUAAAGUAUUUCAGAAGAGACUCGGCGAAGGAGAAGAAGUUGACGGUAAGGAGGAGUUGCCCCGGCUGUUAGCUUUUAUUGCUCCGUCCUUAACGAGAAACUCUGCUGUGCUCAAUUUUACCUGUAUAUGUAGUAUAUAUGGGCAUUCUGGGAAGAAUCCUUUGAUUUUUUGUGUUUUUCUUGGGAGAUAUAAUGGCCGAAGCAAUCUGUCUCUUUACCAAGGGCACCAUAAUUAUAAAAUCUCCCAAGAAAUCCCCAGUUUUUUUGAGGAUGAUAGUGUUGGUAUUUGCAAUGGUGUGUGGUGUAUAUAUAUGCUCUGUCUGUCUAAAUCAAACAAAUUUUGGCACCACCAGUAAAUUGCUAAAUGUUGAAAUAAACAAGAGGCAUUGUUGUGAUUAUGAAGUUGAUCGAUCCCAAACUCCAUAUGCGCACUAUCCAAAGCCUGAAACCUUUAGUAGGGCUGAAUGUGCGUGUAAUCCUGUACGGUACUUUGCUACUUUUUCAAUGCAAAGAUCUGGAAGUGGAUGGUUUGAGACACUGUUGAAUAGCCAUACUAAUGUAAGCUCCAAUGGCGAGAUAUUUUCUGUCAAAGAGAGGAGAAAUAAUGUUACAUCAAAAUUGACAACUCUUGAUAGAGUUUAUAAUCUGGAUUGGUUUACCAGUGCUUCCAAGAAUCAGUGUUCUGCUGCAGUCGGCUUCAAGUGGAUGCUUAAUCAGGGUUUGAUGGAGAACCAUAAAGAGAUUGUUCAAUAUUUUGACAAUAGAGGCGUGUCUGUAAUAUUUCUCUUUAGAAGAAAUCUGUUACGUCGGAUGGUUUCAGUACUUGCAAAUUCCUUUGAUCGAUAUGCAAAACUUCUGAAUGGAACUCACAAGUCUCAUGUGCACUCUCUUGAAGAGGCUGAUACCCUUUCAAGAUAUAAGCCAGUGAUUGAUUUAUCAUCCCUGGUAGCGGAUUUAAAGCAAAUGGACCAGAGAGUAUCGGAGGCCUUGGAGUAUUUUAGCAGCACUCGGCACAUCAGACUGUACUAUGAAGAUCUUGUGAAAAAUCGAACUAAAUUGGUUGAUGUUCAAGACUUUUUAAGGCUGCCACAUCAAGACCAUAUUCUUUGGAGGACUUUUCUUUUCCUUUUUGGAAUAUAA